UAUAAUGUUAAUUAUUUAGAGAUAAACUGACUGACUGACCACCAUCUCUAAUUCUCUUUCUUCUGCAAGUUUUGUUUUUUCAUUCUCACAAGCUUCCAAACAAAGAGAAUUAAUGGAAAGUGAGAUUUCCAAGUUUUAUUCUCUUUGGAUAUAUUAUUAUCUUUACGCUCAAACCUAAAUUUUAAAACCCUUAUAAUAAUCUGGUUCAUGGGUUUUGUUUAUUUUUCUUCUUUUGAUUCCAUAAUUUUACCACAUGCUUAUGGCAACUACAGAUGCGUUAUUUUUCCAAUAUAACAACACUUUUUUCUCAGUUUUUUCAAUCUAUGGCUCUCUUUAGAAUCAAGAAAUACAGUUAUCUUCAUCUUCUCUACUGGAAAUUUGGCGGCUAUCUUCUGGUUUUUGGGAUAUGACCAUGGUUCCUGCUCAAACUCUCUCUGAACAUCAACAAGAACAGCAUCAUAGUCUUUUUUACGGCGGUUAUGGUGGUUUUGGCGGCGGCGGGGGAGGAAGUUAUAAUUCGCAGAGUUUUGGUGUUAUGAGCAGAUUAGAAGAAGGUUAUGACUAUUGUAUUAGUGACACUAAUUGCUUAUUAGGAUCUGAUCUAGUACUCCGGGCGGCUAAUAAUAACAAUCUUAUGGCUGAAGAUGAAUCAAGAACUAACAGUUUUAAUGAAGCUGCUGGCUCCAGCUCCAAGGAUCAAAACCACAACCAUGAAAAUAUUACUACUAAUAAUAAAAAUAAAGACAAUGAUCAAGAAGAAGACUGGCUUCAGUUGAGUAUUGGCGGCGGCGGCGGUAACACGACACCAUCUUCUGCUAAUCAAAGAAAGUUUCAAGAAAUGGAUCCAACGGCGGGCGGAAGAGGCGGCGGAUUGGUAGAGCUUGAUCUACUACAGGGAGGAGGGUUUAGCGCACCAAAUUUUCAAGUUCCGUCAGCAAGAUCGCAAGUUAUGAAUUUGGCUGCGGGUUCUACUAAUUUUACUACUUCUGUAUUUUUUCAGCGACCAGCUGGGAGUAGUAGCUUAAUGUAUCCUCAUCAUAAUAAUCAAGAGAUUAACUGGGCAUUUAGGAACGUGCCUUAUAAUAUAGCGACGGCGCCGUCUUCUUCAUCUUCUCCAAAUUCUCAAUCUUCUUCGUCGUCUUUGAUGCCGCCAUUAGGGUCUUAUUUUUCACGACCUUUUCAAGUUCACAGCGGAGCAGGACCCAGCAGCAGCACAGUCUCUGAUUUUAGAGUCAUUGAUCCUCCAAGAAGACCCCAUUCUGGCAUUUGGUUUACUCUACAAGCCUCUCUAAAUCAGACCCAAGAACCGUUACUGCCUCAAAUAUCCAAGAGCUACCUCAGAAUCAAGGAUGGGAGGAUGACAGUUCGGUUAUUAAUGAAGUAUCUGGUUAACAAACUGAGACUGGAUAGCGAAUCAGAGGUAGAGAUAAGAUGUAGAGGGGAAGAGCUACAGCCUUUGUUGACGUUGCAGCAUGUAAGGGAUAACAUAUGGAGCCGAAGAGACUCAGUGAGUUUGGUUCCAGACUCGUCAACCAUUGACCAUAUCAUGGUCCUUCACUAUGCUAGGACUUCUCAAAAAUAAUUAAAUUACAAAAAAGAACUGAUCAUAAUUUAAUUCUCUCUCUUUACACAUGUUUUAUUUUUUAAGUCAUGCAAACCCUUUAUAUUUUUCUUCUUCUAAUGGGCUCUGUUAUUUAUUUUUUUCUAAAUUCUCUAAUUGGAGAAAAUAGUUUGGAGAAACCCCAAAAUUUAUGUAUACUGUUUUGGGGUAACAUAACCCAGAUUGUAUUUUGAGCUUCAUAUCGAAUCACAAUUUGUUUAUUUUAACCAAAUUUAAUUUUAAUUUUUGUCAUAUUUA